UGCAAGCAUUAUGGGAUAUGCAGACGUCAUGGGGGGUGACAUUUGACCAAUGGGACACCAACGGGGACUGCAGCAUCGCCUACAGCAUAUCAUGCAACGCUGACGGCAUGGUGACGUGGUUAAAUAUCUCGGGGCUGAAUCUGGGAGGGCCUCUCCCCGCCACCAUCGGUGAUCUAGCGGCUCUCUCACACCUGACAUUGGAUAGGGACGGCAUUACAGGCUCCAUCCCAUCCACCAUUGGCCAGCUCACUGCCCUCACCUGGUUCUCCAUGGCUCGCAACAGCCUCACGGGCAGCUUCCCCAAAACCUUCACCAACCUGGUCAAUCUGAGAGACGUCUCCCUCUAUGCCAACCAACUCAGCGGCCCUCUUCCCGACUUCAGUCUCUUCCGCAACCUGCUCCAAUGGGGGUCAUCGGGAAACAACCUAACAGGGUCGAUUUCAUCACAUAUUGGCGACUGCUCAGAAUUGAUUGCCCUGUACCUGCAGGAGAACCAUCUGUCAGGCAGUAUCCCAGAGUCCAUCACAAACCUAAUGGGCCUCACACACGUUGACCUUUCGUACAACAGUCUGUCUGGCAGCAUCCCUUCCAACAUUGGCAGCCUCAGCUGGGUCACCUUCCUCUCAUUGCACAAGAAUCGCAUCGGCGGCACCAUUCCCGAUUCAAUCACCACUAUGCUCGCCUUGUCGCACCUCGACCUAUCCUACAACCAGCUCUCUGGCACUCUGCCAGCCAACAUCGGUAACCUUCAGAAGCUCGUCGACCUCUAUGUUGGCAACACAGACAUGCAAGGGAGCUUGCCCGAGACCCUUGCAACAAUGACCAAGCUCGAAACCUUGUCAUACGACAGCCUGCUCAUGUCGUGCCCCACAGGGGCAUGCACCGUUGAUGCCGUCAACACCACCCUCUUCUGCUCCGACUGCUCCACCUUCUGCUCCUCCUGUAGCGUAGCUGGUGGUGAUAACAGCGUGCAUUUAUGCUUUUCCUCUCUGUGCGUCCAUCGUACGUGCAAUGCAAGCAUGUGUGGUGGGGGUGGUGGGGGUGGUGGUGGUGGGGGUGGUGGUGGGGGUGGUGGUGGUGGUGGGGGUGGUGAUGGUGGUGGGGGUGGGGGUGGUGGUGGAGGUGGGGGUGUUGGUGGUGGUGGUGGUGGGGGUGGUGGUGGUGGUGGUGGUGGUGGUGGUGGUGGUGGUGGUGGUGGUGGUGGUGGUGGUGGUGGUGGUGGUGGUGGUGGUGGUGGUGGUGGUGGUGGUGGUGGUGGUGGUGGUGGUGGUGGUGGUGGUGGUGGUGGUGGUGGUGGUGGUGGUGGUGGUGGUGGUGGUGGUGGUGGUGGUGGUGGUGGUGGUGGUGGUGGUGGUGGUGGUGGUGGUGGUGGUGGUGGUUGGGGUGCCCUCCCUUCCACUUCUCCCCACCUCACCCCCCACCUUCUUUUCCCUACACUUCUCCCCCCACCUCCGCCUCCCUACACAUCUACCCCCAUCGCUGCUUCCCCCGACCUCUCCCCCCACCUCUGCCCCCCACCUCUGCCCCCCCGCACCAGCCCCAGGCUCCUCUCCAGCCCCAACCAGCCCUUCGCCCGCCCCACCUUCCUCCCCCUCGCUAAGUGCCCUUUCCCCUCCGCCCUGUCUGGAGAGCGGGAUUGUUUAGACGUUUCAAAUCCCCCCGUCCUCUUCCCCACCUCUCCCCCCACCUCUCCCCUCACCUCUCCCCCCACCUCUCCCCCCACCUCUCCCCCCACCUCUCCCCCCACCUCUCCCCCCACCUCUCCCCCCACCUCUCCCCCCACCUCUCCCCCCACCUCUCCCCCCACCUCUCCCCCCACCUCUCCCCCCACCUCUGCUUCCCCCCACGAGCCCCCCCAGGCUCCUAUUCAGCCAUAA